AUGCCAUGGACGACAAAGUACGCCGAAGCUCUGCUAGAAAGCGGAAAUCUAGAAGUAACCAUUCUCCUGUCCCGAUGUAUUGGCCUGUUGCCGCUAACACUCUCCCCAGGUGGAUGUUCCGUCUGCAAGAAGCGAAUGAACUCCGCCUUCGACUCGCUACACAACCCGUUCCGAUCAGAAGUAUCAAAGAUGAUCAUUAACUCGCCACUCCUCUUCCAUUGUGUCUUGAGCAUGUCUGCGGCGCACCUCUACCAAGGCGAUGAACCCAAAAGCAGCAUUGCGUUAGAGUUUCAGACGGAAGCGAUAUCCCAUCUCUCUAUUGAACUUUCGCAACUGGACACAGCCAUGCCCCGGGUUUUGAAAGGGGAUGAUGGUAGAUCAGGGGCACUAGCAUUCCAGAAGACGGAUCAUGUUCAAGACGACGUCCUGCUUGGCGUUAUUCUCUUGGGAAUGACAUCGGCCUGGCAUAACUCUUCCGCGACUGGUCUAUCUCACUUGUUUGGUUGCCGUCAGCUAUUCAAAGCAUGGAUGGCGUCUAACUCCUUAGAAGACGCCGCGAAACGCGCAUCAAUGGAUCAGAAGCAGUGCUUCCUCGUCUCCUCAAUGAUAUACUGGGAAGCCAUGAGUUCGUUCAUCCUCGACCAGGACACAGCCGCUUUGUCAUACAUGGACGUCUUCUGCCAGCCGAACCUACCGUCACUCAUAUAUCCAUGUCCUUGGACAGGUGUGGGGACCCCAGUCUUCGUGUUUCUGGCCAAGACGGGUAUCCUACUCAGGAAUAAGAGAGUCUUGCGGAAUCUCCGCGUUUUCAGAUCGGGCGAGGCACAUCAAAGAGCCCUAUACGCAGAGCUUCUCGAAGAUGCCUCAGCUCUAGAGCAAGAGAUCAUCAAGUUACGAACCCCGUUCGUUGGCCUGAUUGAGGAUGUGGGCGACCCAUGUACACCACCCGAUCACUUUCUAGCCAUUGCUCGCUGUUACCGCUUAGCCACUCUGCUUGAGCUAUACCGAGGGUUUCCCGAGUUGAUCAAAUCACAGACAGUUGUGGAGCAAGCUGUUGAGAUUUCCACGGGUGAAUACGACGACAAGACGCACCUGAUACUCGGCCUCGCGUUUGGAAUACUGGGGAUUCUAGAGUCAAUACCCACUGACUCGGGCACAAUCUCGAUUCAGUUACUGGCCUUGUUGAUUGCCGGCAGUGCUCUAGGUGUGCCCCCCGGACAAUGCCAAAGCACUACCGUCGAGGGGACACCAUUUCAACAAACCGUGAUGCGGUGGCGAGAUUUUGUCCGACAACGCAUCCUCUUUAUGUGUGUUGCUAUCGGUUUGCGCCCGGUGAACCACUCUGCUCUCAUCCUAGAGGAAGUCUGGUCACGGAUGGAUAUGGAGAUGAGUCACUCAAGUAGUAAUGGGGGAAUUCUUGAUGGCAAAGUACAUUGGCUGGAUGUUAUGUCUGAGAAGAAGUUGGAGACUAUAUUUGGGUGAGGCAAUGGGAUUCUAACAAGGCAAAGCUUCGGCCCUCCUAUUCCCUCCAUCACUAUUAAUCCCAGAUUCGACCACUUGCCGUGCUCAUCGAGAGCUCACAACUUUGCCCUCUGAUCGCAGAAAAAUGCCAGGGCGUACGUCUCGGUGGAAAACGAAAUGAUGGACCCCUUGGUGAAGAGCAUCACGUCACCAGGCCUCGCCGUUACCGUUGCGCCCGUCUCAUCCUGGACUUCACAUUGUCCUUCGAUAAAAUGCUUCGCCUCAUCAAACUCGUACGUGAAGACGCAUGGCUUGCCCUUCUCAAUGCGGAAAAAGCCAGCGGAUAUGGGGGUUGUUGAGCCAGAGUCGCUUGUGGAAACAACGUCUAGGGCGUAUUAGAUCAGUGAAACUCCCAAGAGUAUAAGGGAAAGUCGACUUGCCUCCUCCAAAGGCAUUUCCAGACUCAUCCAUUUGAGGUGGCUUGAUGGCCGCAGCUUGUGGCUUGUAAACAAAAGGCAUGGUGGCGAGAGGGGAGUGUGUUGGUAGAAUGACUUGCAGGCUGGUCAACGUAGCAAGGGGUACGCCAUCAUCUAUUUGAGUCGAUUCGUAUACUAAGGUUAGAGCAGGAUCCCUGCUCACAAUUGGAAGCUAUUACUAAAAGAGUUUAAU